GUUUCGUCGAAGUUGGUUCGUUCGUUUGGUGAAGUCACGUCGCGGUUCGUUGAGGUGGGGGAAAAACAAUCUGUUGAUCAUACACAGUCAGUCUAACGUUAGACACGUGUGGAAAUUCCCUUGGGGGAGGGUUGGUGGUUUUGCAGACCAGUAGUGCAGUGUUAUUGAUUAAACUUGACGUGUUGUGGACAAGCGAAGGUUUCAAGAGUUGUUCCCACGUCGUACCUUUGGAUUGAAAAGGUGUGUCUCUAGCAACGAAAGAAACCGCCGCUGGCAGUAAUUUGGAGUUUGUAAAGGAGUAGCCAAUUUGGCCCUUUGAUUGCGCCCACCGAGCUCAACAACCUCAACAACAUGUAACCAACUCAGCGCUGAGUACUUCACUCGCUAGUCUGCAGCGAACGGUGAUGACGGAAUGACCUACGACCACCGAAUUGCCUCCGAAUUACAAUCGAAAGUUAGUGUUAAAUUGCGUUAGUUGGGAAGGCAUCGCCUGCCGAAAGUGAAAGAGAAGAGUUACAUGCCAAGUGUGCUUGCAAUGAGUUAAUCAAGCGACAACCCCCGGUGGUACAGUGAAUGGCAGUGAGUGAAUCACAAUGAGCAACGUGACAAGCGAGUCGAAAAAGACGCCGACGAAUCGGAAAUUCGCCGUCGACUGUGGUGUUAAAAAUUUCAAUUCGAAACGGCGACGACGGACCUCAGUGGAUAGCAGCGUGGGAAUGCUACCUCCGAAGCGGCUCCGGUGGAAGAACCGCUGGAAGAUUCGACUGCUGGCGGGUCCAGUAGCAGUAGCGGCAGUGAUACUAGUGUUGUUCGGUGUGACUCACGGUCAGGAGUUUGCCGGCGAAAGCCAUCCGGAUCGUGACUUUGAGCAUAUCGCGACAGCUGAAAGCAAGGAAAUCAUUACGAAUCACAUCUCGACGAGUGAAAACGGGGGCGUUGGCGAUGAUGUGCGGUAUCAGUACGAGAACGUCCCCGCUGACCCGGCCGGGGGUCACUUUACGGAGAUCUCCGGCGAUGUGGUGCUUGGCGAGAAGAUCCUGCGCGCGUCCGAAAGUCCGUACAUGCUGCGAACGGACUUGGAGGUCGAGCGGAAGGCCCGGUUGAUCGUGGAACCGGGCGUGACGAUCCACUUUGCGCCGAUGGUCGGAAUUACGGUUCGCGGAUCGCUGCUGGCGUUGGGAUCUCCGGACCACAAGAUUACCUUCACGUCGAUGCCCAACUCGGGCUACAAGGAUCUGGUGUCCGAUCCGAGGGAGGUGGGCGCAAGGCUGGUUGACGGGCCAAGUCCGCUGGCGGGUCGGCUGCAGCUGCUGAACCGGGGCAAGUGGCGAUCGGUGUGUACCAACUCGAAGAAUUGGACCAUCGCGGACUACGAGACGACCUGUCGGCAGAUGGGAUACAAGGGAGGUCGCUUCUGGAACUGGAUGGAUCGAAUUCAGAAUUACGAGCCGCGUUUGCUGUAUGAAGAACCAAAGUGUAGUGGAACAGAAGGAUCGCUGUUUGAUUGCGCCCGCGGGAGCAUUCAGGUUGGAUCCGGAGUGUGCGACUACCAUAGCGACGUUGGAAUCCAGUGUUUGCCACUGUUUGAUAAGGUGACGCCCCACUGGAGAGGGAUUCGGUUUGAGAGUGCUGAAAGCAAGGAAACUCUCGAUCAUAACAACAUCCUCUACGACUUUAUAUCGCUGUCGGAGCUGAGGAACGUGGAGAUCAUACGAGCUGGAACUGGAAGGGGUGGAAGUGUUGAGGCAGCGAUCGCUGUGAUUGGCGUACCUCCAAUAUUGGACCGAGUAACGAUCGAUCAUUCCUCGUUCACCGGUAUUAACGUUACCAAGCACGAAGCAGCGUUCAGCUUCAAAGACGUCACUGUACGAAGGAGUAGAGGUUUCGGAAUCUUCGUCAACUCAAGUUAUGGAUCUGCACUGUUGAAUGGUGUAACUGUCAGUGAAAAUGGUGCCGAUGGUAUUCGCUACGUUGGACACGAUCUACGCCCAGAUGAACGAGUUGAUAGAAGUAAGGUGUACGAUUUCUGUACACUCACGACCACCCAGUGGCAGACGUAUCCCCUUCAGUUAUCCUUCGAGCAAUCCCAAUUCGCCCUCUCCCAAAAGAAAUGCGCACAAUCACUGACAACCGCCAACGGGUACGUCCUAACGCUGCACUUUGUCUACUUUGAAAUGACGCGCAAUGAAAGCGCCACGAUCCAGAUCUUCGACGGCAUGUCCGAGAACGAUCGCCUCCUAGCGAGCUGGAACAUCCGCAACUCCACCCGGCCCCAAAGUAUCACCAGCACCCGGGAAAAGAUGUUCAUCAAGUUCGAAGCCGAACCGCGAAGUCGCGUUCUGGCGCAAUUUCGAGUAAUCUCCGGCGUAACGAAGGCCUACGACCUCAACGUAACCCAGUCCACGAUCGAAGACAACGGAGGUCGCGGUAUUGCCAUCGACAACCUGCGCUCGCAGGUUCACGUUCACGCCUCGACGAUCGCAAACAAUAGGCACGUCGCAGGUCUGCACGUCACCAGUGGGGCCGGAGAUGUGAACGUUACGGAUUCGAAAAUUGCGUUCAACGUCGGAGACGGAAUCAACAUUACGUACUACGGCGGCAGUCGCAACAUUUCGCGAAGUUCAUUGAGCUCGAAUCGCGGCUAUGGGUUUGCGGUUUGGCUGAACCAAACCACCAAAGAUCGGCGCGAGUUUGUGGAGUUCAAUCAAACUACCACCAUCGAAUAUUCUAAUGUUGUGCAGAACUUGGAGAUUGGAGUGUUGCACGGCAACUACUGUGGAGACUCGUGGGUCAACAUCACCGGGAACAUGUUCAACGAUAGCACAAGCAACGCGAUCGAUAUACAAUCGUGUUGGUUCGAAACAGAGGAAAAUCGUAAACUUCAUCUACAAAUUGGACACAAUAACUUUGAGCACUCGAACAAAAUAGCAAUCGUAAUCAGCCCAAUACUAAAUCUGGAAGGAAAGAUAGAAUAUAAUCAAUUCCUCAAGGGAAAAUACGGAGCAUUACUUGCAAGGAACAAACCAUGGGAAGAGUUCCGACACCUUCCGGUUCGCCUCAUCGUCCAGCACAACCACUUCAUGUACAACAAAGGAAUCUACGUGGUUUCACUGGGACUAUCCCCAAACACCGACAGUAAAAUUCAGUGGCUCUUAUUCACUCGUAACUUUGUCAAAAACAACAAAAUCAAGGAAGCUUUCGGCCCCCUGGAAGACGAAGGCGAAGGGUUAGGCGGAGAAGGUCGCCUUAACCCAAGAUCACGCGUCGCAGCUCCAGUGGUGAUCUCAUCCAACAACGUGGACGUGUUCCGUAACAUAAUCUCCAACUACGAAUCAAGUUACGAAGUCGGUUCCCAACUGUCCGAUCAGAGCAAAGCGCUGAACGUUACCUACAACUGGCUCGGCUACCAGGACGAAGAAAAGAUCUACGAGCGGCUGUUCCAUCGAAAAGAUCGCUACGAUCUAGCAAAGAUCGAGUACUUCCCGUACCUGCUGCAUCACUCCAACCCUGGUGCGCAAACGAUCGCACAGUACGCCAAGUUUGUGCCGUUCUUCUUCAAAGACGGAAGUGACCGGAUCGGUGGAGAAGUCGACGGUCAGGAGAUUCUACCCGCGGGAAGCUACACCGUAGAACGAGACAUCAACGUGCGUCCGGGUGGCAAGCUCAUCCUGAACUCGGGAGUGACGCUGAACUUUGCUCCGAGCGUGGGGAUGAUGGUGACGGGUAAGCUGGAGGCACGCGGUCGCAAGCCGGACGAUAUUUUGUUUACGCUGAAACGGGAGGCGGUCAUGAUGGAGAACGAUACGACCGAGGCGAUCAUCAUGGAUCCUGAUAUGGCGAUGGAUAUCGAGACGGAGUCGAUCAUAGAUUUGGGCACGUCGGAGUCGUCAACUCCGAAGGUUCCAGUGCGAUUGGUUGGCGGUUUGACCGACCACGAGGGACGACUGCAAGUGUACACCGAUGGACGGUGGGGAACGGUUUGUGACUACGGAUGGACCAUGAUCAAUGCUGCAUUGGUGUGUCAUCAGCUGGGAUUGGCGUUGAAUCCGAGGGAUUGGCGGCUGCUAAGAUCGGAAGUUCCUGGAGCCGGAACGAGUGAAGAUGUGCUGCUAUCGCAUGUUCGAUGCACGGAACAUGACAUCGACAUUACUCAGUGUCGAGCAGAACGAGCCUCUCAGGGCGAAUUUGAAAAUUCUUGUAAUCAUGAGAAUGACGUUGGUGUUCGGUGCUACGAGGGAGCUUGGGCUGGACUACGAUUUGGUGUGUUGGCUGAGCGGGCUGAUCUGCAAUACGUGACAAUUGAGAAGGCUGGGUUGUUUGACUACAUGACCAACGAGUUCAAACCAGCUCUUCAAAUGGAUUUGUCUCGACAUAAUUUGGAUAGCAUAAGAGUGGUUGAAAAUCUCCAAGAUGGACUGGGAGUGAUCUAUUCGGAUAUUUACGCAGGAUCGUCAGUGAACAAUAUACGGAAUUCGGAGUUUGCAGCCAACAGGGGAAAUGGAAUCAGUAUUAAACAGUUAGGUCUUAAGAUUCAAGGCAGUAUUAUCAAAGACAAUCGGGGAUCUGGAAUCACUCACGAUUCUGUGCUGUCGGCAAUGGAGCAGCGAGAAAUCACGAGUUGGUUCAACAUGGUUCCGGACUUUAACGUGGAUGACUCGGAUUACCGACCGGUCAUGCUACCUCGGGACUCUCACAAUAUCGACAUCGACCAGUGGCAGAUAAAGCACAUAAUAACUCUCCCCGUGAAGGACGAUCCCGUUGAAAAGACCAUCACUAUUCGCUGCCAGCCAGGAUACGUGAUCGGCUUCCAGUUGCUUAAUCCAAUCGAGAAUCGUUCUACGGAAAAUAUCUGGAUCUACGAUUCGCUGGCGGGUAGCACCGCAUCGGAUGUGUGGCAAAUCAAACGAGAUAUCUCAGUUUUCCCGCUCACCACCAGCAGUUACGGUGCGAUUCUUCACUACAAAAGUGGCAGCAACGCUCUCGGCGGAGCUGUAAUCGUGUUACGAUCUAUUCAAGCACCAGUUCAAAACAUUUACAACCGAAUCGUUCGUGGUCCGGUACCAACGCUACAAAUAACAUCGACCAAAAUUCAGCGAAACUUCCGUGGCAUCACCGGAACGUACUACAAUCGAUAUCUCGGCGAACAGAGUGAGCACUACCUUCGUAAGGCCAACGAAUCCAUCAAGUUACUAAACUGCGAAAUCAGUCACAAUCGCGAAGAGGCCAUUUUCAUCAAUUCACCGUUUUGGGAUGUUCACGAGAGUAACAUUUCCGAGAUUACGAUCCACGUCAACAACAGUUUGAUCCGCGACAACGGACGAGGUAUCAGGCAAUUUUCGAAGGACCUACGAUCGUCCAACAACCUGUUCCACUACGUACUGCAGGACACUACCGUGGAGAGCAACUCGUUCGGUGGUUUGGAGCUGAGCCUGCCGUACGUGUGGCAGUACAACGAAAAUUUCACCCAUUCGGUGUUUCUCGGUAACGACACUUGGGUUCGAAACAGGCGGUUUGGAGUGGUCAUCGACGGUCACUACGCGGCUGUGAACAUUUCGUCCAACAUCUUUAUGGACAACGUGUGUGCUCACGGACUGAUCGGAUUCAAAGGAAUGGAGAAGAAGCUGCGAAUCGACAACAAUCGGAUCGUUAAAAACUCCGGAAAGUACUUGGUGGAGUUCCGGUCGGACAGCCAGAGUGAAAUUCUGGGGGAGAUUCCGGCAAUUUUCGCGUUCAAUCACAUUGAGAGUAACGAAAAGGUGACCUCGACGCGAUCGGAAAUGCGCAACUUCAUUCGGGGUGAUCGUGGAAACGCAAAAGAUCCCACGUGUGUUAUUGGGUUUGGUGGAGUGCAGAAGGUGCAGAUAUAUCGCAAUGUUAUCUCGAAUAACGAUCAGGACUACGAUCUGAUUGCUGGUAUCAAAUCGGCGCGAUUGAACAAUUAUCUGGAUGUGAGGGAGAACUGGUGGGGAUCGCAAGACGAGGAGCACAUUCGACGGAGGAUAUUCGAUUUUGACGAUUGGAACAACCAUGCUGAGGCACAGUUUCGGCCGUACCUGAUCGAGGACAGUAUCGACGGAAGUACUUCGAUUUCGAUCGGUAGAAAUAGGACCGUUGAUUUGGACAACUUGGGGGGUAAAAUAUUGGAAGAUCUUUCAAUCUACCGGCGAGAGCAACCGUACGUGAUCAAGGCGGACAUCACGAUCAUGCCCGGAGUCACGCUGAAUAUUUUCCCCGGAGUGGUGAUGGAGUUUACUCCGAAUGUAGGAAUUCUUGCGUUGGGAACACUGGUGGCACGAGGUACCCGCGAUGGAGAGAUCAUCAUGAAACCGGUCGAGAACAACUCGGAGCAGAUAAACCGCGUCGAGCGAUCGCUAGAAAAUAUGGUCAACUAUGACUCGAUUCGACUUUGCGCAAACAGAAACUGUUCCGGAAGCGAUCGAGAGAACGAUAAAAUUCGGGAAGGAUUCCUGGAGUAUUACAACCACACUACGCUUCAGUGGAUACCGAUUUGCGAUCGUCGCUUCACCGAACGUAACGCUCAGGUGGUGUGCCGCGAGUUGGGAUAUGAUCCGUUGGACGUCUUCUUCGGGCACGAUCGUCGGAUUGAGUUCCACACAAACUCGUUGACGCGGAUUUGGUCCUGGGUUGAGCCGAUGGAGUGCCACGGCGAUGAGUUGAGACUGGAGGAAUGCCCGGAACGGCUGAAUGGUCAACUGUACGGAAGACGUCACGAGUGCCAGUGGGAUUCGGACUUUGUAUUCAUAAGCUGUAAUGGAGAGCCGGAACAGCGAAACUACUGGGGAGGAGUCCGUUUUGCGAAUCAGGACUUUGAAACAAGCUUGUACGAACAUAGAAUUCACGACGCGGUUACACAUUCUACAGCCAAGCCCGUUGAGAGUGUGAUGGAAUUUGUGAAGAUCGAGCGAGCGGGUAUGCUGCACGGGGAGAAGUCUCCAGCGGUGCAGACCAUCUUCAAGAAUCCCAUGAUCAGUUUCGUGUCGAUUAAGGAGAGCGCUCACCACGCGGUGAAUCUUGUUUCACCAAGUGACGCGAUUCAUUUGAACUUCCUGAACAUUUACCGAGCACUGGGUCAGGGAAUCAACGCAAUUUCACUGACUGGAGAAGGUCGAGAGAGUCAUGAGUCCAGCUACAGUCCGUUGAAGGAUCUGGAUCUGCCGUACAACUUGUUCUCGAUGAUCGAUAUCUGCGACACCAACAAGGAGAUCACCUUGGAGGAGCGAGUGCUCGUGUACUACAAGUACGACAAUAACCCGGUAAACUGCGUCAAGAUCUUCAAGAGUGCGUACCGCGUGAAGCCGCUGGGAUUCCGGCUGCUACAGUCAAAUUUGUUCAACCACUCGAAGGAGUACGGACGACGGGACAUGAUCCAACUGCUCGACGGUGACAUUUACAACGUUUCGGCCAAGGUUAUUGGCGUGGUCGAUGCCGAUUCGGACAACCAGAAGCGACUGUUCAAGACGGAGGAACCGGCGCUGAGCGUUCGGUUGAUUGCAAGUGGUGCUCCGGCACGGCAUGGGUUCAUCGCCGAGGUUGUCACGCUACCGAUCUCCGCUCUUGGAUUCAAUCGCGAUGCACAGCACAACAUCUCCAACUCGGAAAUUCAAGAUUGCGUGGGAGGUGCCAUACUUUACGCCACGGUCGGUGAAGUUUCCCCCGUGUUGACCAUGGAGCGGAAUCGCUUCGUACGAAAUUGCCGCCAGCUGUACGGGAACUUCUCGUCGUGUGAUAGUACCAUACGAGCGGACGUGCAAAAUAUGCAGUCGCUGUAUUUUAGGAACAAUCUUAUGAAGGAGAACCAGGGUGGACUUUCGAUACGGGCCGACUCGCGAGGAUCCGCUACGUCACUGCGCGGUUGGAUCCAUAACAAUUUGUUCGUCAAGAAUCGCAACCGGCCGUCGGUGUACGUCGAGGGUCGUCAGUCUUCGCCGUACCAGGAGGUUACGAUCCACAACAACUACAUCACGCAGAACGAUGCCGGCUACCGGGAUGUGGUUGUUCUGCGGCAAGUCGUGUCCAAUUUCAGCUACAAUUACGUGCACAGUAAUAAGGGAGGUCGGAUCAUUGAGGUGUCCGGGUUCGAUCGAGUUCGGCUGCCGAUCUAUCAGACUACGUCGCACAAUGGAUUUUAUGACAAUGUUGCGACGGAUUGGAGUGGACGAGCCACUAUUGUGGCUGGAACUGCCGGACAGCAUUACGUGGACAACAUCUUUGCCAAUCCUGAGAAUGACUACGAAAUGAUAACUGUGAAUCGUUCAAUAUUUGAAUUCCAGUUUUGGAAUAGCACCCUCGACGUUUGGAAGACGAAAAUUGACGCCAAGCACAACUACUGGAGCUACAACGAAACGCUUGCCGUUGGCUCGCGAAUCCGGGAUCGCUUCGACGACCCCCAGCUGCUCGAGGUUCAGUACCUCCCACUUCACAUGAACAACCUUACCGUACUGGACGGAAAGUGUCCCCCAGGAUGGACCCUGCUGAUCGAUACCUGCUACAUGUACGUGGGCGCUCCAAUGAGCUUCCGGGAGGCCCGGGACUUUUGCCGAUCGGACAACGCCUCACUGCCGUUCAUCCACGGAGAUUCGACGCCGUUGUGGCUGUUCCUGGAGCAGCAGUCGCGCUACCUCCGUUCAACGGAGAAGGUUUGGGUGCAGGAUCCGAACUUUAUCGACCGCUGUACGUCGUUCAUUUACCGCAACGUCGAGGUCGAAGACUGCAACGAACGGCAUGCGUUUUUGUGUGAAAUUGAUCCCAAGGUCCAAAUUGACCCCCUGUACUGGCGCGCGGACACUGUCACGUGGGCCAUGGUGAGCGCGCUGCUUCUGGUGUUCCUGCUGCUGCUGCUGAUCUGCGUGUGUUGGGUGUGCAAGUCGCGGUACCGGCAAACGCAACGGCUGCAGCGACGCAACAGCAUCCGGCAGAGUAUGCGCAGCUUGAACAGCAUCGAUCCGCAGGGUUCGAUUCGGAGGAGGAAUUUUGUCGUUUCCCGUUCAACGGACACGCUGAAGUCAGUCACAACCGGUACCACCGACUACAAGAAGAUGCCAUCGAACGGGUCGAUCGAGUCGGUGGACAAGAGCGUGCUCAGUUCGGAGACCAACUACGACGCGUACGACCAACAGCAGCAGCAGCAACAGUCUUACAGCAAUGAAUACGCGGAUCAGCUCAAGAGUCAGCUGGGAUACAGCGAGGGACCAACCUCCAAUGGAGGAACUGAUUAUGUGCAGAAUUCCAACGGAAAUAGUCCAACGAAAACGAAGGUCUACGGCCUGCCGGAUUACAGUUCGCACGGUGGCAGCACGGCGUUCGAGUUGGCGUUUAGGAAUGAAGGAUUCCGGGACAAUUCGACGACGUACUCGGGAGUGACGCGGAACAACUCGAUAAGUACCGCGAUUAACGAGGAUACUCCAAUAAUACAUCACACGGUUGAGAAUGAAGAUGCUGGGUCGGAUUUCUAUGGGAAUUCGAGCACGCUGCCAAUGCGAGUGAGGGGAGACAACCUUUCGUUUUUGAACGAGUUGAAGAAUCGUCUGCCGGAGUACGCACCACUGCCGCCGAGCAACGGCCACAGUAGCUUCCAUCCGGUUCCCAUGGACCAGAGGUCUUCCAGCGGCACCAAUCACAACAACACAUCACAGCUUAGCGCGAGCACACUGCCAUACGAUCAGAAGAUUGAUCGACUCAACUUUAGCGCUCCCCACGAGUACCAGCAGCCGUCAAUUCGAAGACCGGAUCCACCGGUAACGCCCAGCAUCGAUGCGCGCGAAAUCCGACGGCCGGAUUCGUACAUGAGGGCCGUCAAAAAGUACGCCACGCCGGGUCGCGAGCGGGAAAGCAUCGUUCCGCCACCCCGCGUCGACAGCAACGGCAGUCGAAGACCAAAGACCCUGUACGAAGCGGCCAGCGAGGAGCAGCAGCAGCACCAGCAAAAACCCAUCUCACCCCAGAAGCCAAACUAUGCUCGCUCCCGGUCGGAAGCCCUGCUCGAGACCAACUUUGACGAGGCGCUGCCUCCGAUGGCGACGAUGCUGAGCUCGGACAGCCGCAGCUAUUCGCAACCACUCGAGACUGCUAUGUAAGAGAUAAAGUGGACGAAAAUUAGAUUUUUCUAGAAAUAGUCAUGAACAAUUCGAGUAUUUGUAUUGUUACAUCCUAGCGUUAGGGGCAUCGACGAAAUAGAGUAGGAGAGCUUUCCGGGCGAAAGCUCGCCGCGCGCGAGCUUGCACGAAAGCAUCAACGCGUGGUACGUACUGAGCAUGUGCUUUUAAUGUUAGCUCAAACGAUAAAGUUUAACCGGAAACGGGAGUCAAAUCCGUACUAAGUGCAUUAGUUGAACGAAAGUGUCUUACCACUUUACAUUAUAUGUGUACAUAAUUGAAACAACUAGAAAAAUGCAAAAUUAUUAAAGUCUCGUGAUACACUAGAAUAAUAGAAACUUUAACAAUCAAUCAGCUAUCAGUAAGAUUUAUUUACAAAGCAAAACAAAUCAUCGUCACGAUCGAUUUCAGUCAGUGAAGGGAGCGCGGAAAAACAACAGAUCAGAUCAGAGCGUCGUAAACAACACAUUAUGAAGGCGAUAACAGUAACUAUCUAUAGCGCAGAGUAAGGUUUACAAUCGCGCGAAGCAGGUCAAUGAAAUUUACACACAACAGCACAAACAAGACGUCGCGGGACCACGAUCACUAUCGGUGAUCGCGGCCCUAAGCGCGCGCCCCACCCCCCACUGACUCGAGUUGUAAUACAAUACGCAGCGACUAGGCGGUGGAUUAUGUUUGUCUAAACAGAUCGAGCGGUGUUUGGAUUAGGUAUUAUCUGUUAUAGUACACAGCGAUAGUUGUUGAAACGGGGAAGGAUCGUGGUAUUUUCCAUUGCAUUCUUGAUAGCGCGCGGGCUUCGUCAAUCCGAAUGCAAUUCAAUGCUGUGGGAGCCCCCCCUGCAAGAUAAUAUUUUUUCGUAGUCUGUGUUGAAAACUUUUGUACCGUCCAUUUAUUUGUGUAUUUAGUUUUACGAGUCAAAUUUGACGAAUUUUCACGUUGUUCAAGACGAAAAUUUGUGCAAAUUAUUAGGUUUAACAAAAUGUAUUAUUAUUGAAACCGGUUGAACGAGAUGAAAAAUAAACAAGUUGAUGUUA